CGGGCGCGCUCCUUCUUUUUAUCCCAAGAGCUCGCGCACUUCCAGUUGAUACAGGCACGCGCUCCGACCGUUGGUCCGGGCGCGCCCUCUCGUGCGCGUUCCUUCUUUUUUUUCCCAGGAGCUCGCGCUACAGACUGAGCGAGCCACCGGCACGUUACAGACAUGAUCUGUCUUUUCUUGACGCUCUUCGCUCACAUCUUCAAGACAGGAUGGACAGGCGUGAACGAGCGAACUCUCAUCGCCGUGAAGCCGGACGGUGUCCAGAGGAAGCUAGUAGGAGAAAUCAUCCGCCGCUUUGAGAGAAAAGGUUUUAAACUGGUCGGCAUGAAAUUCCUGCAGGCUUCUGAGGAGCAGUUGAAGGAACAUUACUGGGAGUUGAGAGAGAGGCCAUUUUACAAAGGCCUUGUGAAAUACAUGAGUUCUGGGCCUAUUGUAGUAAUGGUAUGGCAAGGUCUGGAUGUGGUGAAAACAUCGAGAAAGAUGCUUGGAGAGACAAACCCUGCCGACUCUCUCCCGGGAACCAUCAGGGGAGAUUACGGUGUAGAAGUGGGCAGGAAUGUUAUCCAUGGCAGCGACUCGGUGGAAAGUGCUCAGAGAGAAAUCUCCUUGUGGUUCAAGGAACCUGAUCUCGUCUGCUGGGAAGAGAGCUCUGAGCGAUGGAUAUAUGACUGACGCUCUGCCUCGAACACAACACACACACACACACACAGCAUCGUGGCCUCAUGUAUGUCUAGCAAUACAAAAUUGUUACUACUGGUACAUGAAAUCCUUGUGUUUUUAUAGAAGUGCUAGCAUGUAUACACAAACACACAAUAGAUAAGGGUGCAUCGACAAUGGCAACAUGAAAUUAAGUUAUAUAGAGAAAGAUAUCGGAAGUACAAAUCAUUAAUUGUUGAAUAACAAAUGUUUCCUUUGCUUGCGUUUUUGCAACUUUCAACACUUAGGGAUUUUUCAUGAUCUUGAUUUUUACAUGUUUUUCUGGAUAGAAGCAUAAAAACGAAAACUAUUAUUACAUUAUCUAAAAUAUUUAUCAUCGGCUCAUUCACGGAGGGAUUUUUAGUCAUUAUUUAGCUCGAGUUUUAUAUGCUGAUUACUGUUACACAUUCAGUUCUGUUUCUUUAUGAAUUUAUAGUCUUUGACAUUUGGCUUUUCCUACAGUAGAUAAGUCCACAAUUAUUGAUGCUCUGGUGAUUUUUAGAAUUUCAUUCAUGGCCAAGAAUAAAAUUUUAAGCUCCUCA